AGAGGUAAUUUGCUCAUUUACAGGGCCUCCAGCAGGUUGAAAGGUACCAAGCAGAUCUGAAUAGAUCUUUGAGCUUUAAAAAACUCUGCCUCUUUUCCCCUUCUCUCUCUCUCUCUCUCUCUCUCUCUCUCUCUCAAGCAAAGCAGAAUCAUUUAGAAAAGAUGGUACUGGAAACUUUGAAUCCACUGAACUACUUCUCCAGCCUGGUACCAGACUUGGUGCCAGUGGCCACAGUGCCUAUCAUCAUUCUCAUCUGCUUUCUGUUUCUUGUAUGGAAUCACGAAGAAACAUCAUCAAUACCAGGGCCAGGAUACUGCAUGGGAAUUGGGCCCCUUAUUUCACAUGGGAGAUUUCUCUGGAUGGGAGUAGGUAAUGCCUGCAACUACUACAACAAGACGUAUGGAGAAUUUGUGAGAGUUUGGAUCAGCGGUGAAGAAACAUUUAUAAUUAGCAAAUCCUCAAGCGUAUUCCAUGUCAUGAAACACUGGAACUACGUUUCUCGAUUUGGGAGCAAGCUUGGAUUACAGUGCAUUGGCAUGUAUGAAAAUGGGAUUAUAUUUAAUAACAACCCAGCACACUGGAAGGAAAUCCGACCCUUCUUCACCAAAGCCCUGUCUGGUCCUGGUCUUGUGCGCAUGAUAGCCAUUUGUGUUGAAUCAACAAUUGUUCACCUGGACAAACUAGAAGAAGUGACCACCGAAGUAGGAAACGUCAAUGUGUUGAAUCUCAUGAGACGGAUCAUGCUUGACACAUCUAACAAGCUCUUUCUAGGGGUCCCUUUGGAUGAAAGUGCCAUUGUACUUAAGAUUCAGAACUACUUUGAUGCUUGGCAAGCACUUUUAUUAAAGCCCGACAUAUUUUUCAAGAUUUCUUGGCUUUGCAAGAAGUAUGAAGAGGCAGCCAAAGAUUUGAAAGGAGCAAUGGAAGUCUUGAUAGAACAGAAACGACAAAAGCUUUCCACUGUUGAAAAGUUGGAUGAGCACAUGGAUUUUGCAUCCCAGCUGAUUUUUGCACAGAACAGAGGAGAUCUGACUGCUGAGAACGUGAACCAGUGUGUGCUGGAGAUGAUGAUCGCUGCUCCUGAUACUCUGUCUGUGACUCUCUUCUUCAUGCUAAUUCUGAUUGCAGAGCACCCCACAGUGGAGGAGAAGAUGAUGAGAGAAAUUGAAACUGUUAUGGGUGACAGAGAUGUACAGAGCGAUGACAUGCCAAACCUCAAAAUUGUGGAGAAUUUUAUUUAUGAGAGCAUGAGAUACCAGCCAGUUGUGGACUUGAUCAUGAGAAAGGCUUUACAAGAUGAUGUAAUUGAUGGCUAUCCUGUGAAAAAGGGGACAAACAUUAUUCUCAACAUUGGACGCAUGCAUAAGCUAGAAUUCUUCCCAAAACCGAAUGAGUUUUCUCUUGAAAACUUUGAAAAGAAUGUGCCAUCACGCUAUUUCCAGCCAUUUGGAUUUGGCCCUCGGGGCUGUGUAGGAAAGUUUAUUGCCAUGGUAAUGAUGAAAGCAAUUCUGGUGACUCUUCUGAGACGGUGCAGAGUACAGACAAUGAAAGGAAGAGGACUUAACAACAUCCAGAAAAACAAUGACUUAUCCAUGCACCCAAUAGAAAGGCAGCCUCUGCUGGAGAUGGUUUUUACAACAAGAAGAAGCCCAGACAAGAAUCAGGAUGACUAAAGUGGAACAGCAUUAAAGUUACAGGGCAUUCACAGCCACCUUAAGAAAUGCCCUUCGUUCCUAGGUAAAGAUAUAACAUAAAACAUUUUGUUGCCCCUAAAUCACUACACCAAGCAUCUGCUUGUUCGCCUGCACAACAAAACAUAUUCUGGCCAUAAAUUCCAUCACAAUAGAAUAAGACCAAAUUCUCAAAACAGUCCUGUUGUCAGGUGACACCACACUAUACACAGGAUUCCUGACUACUUUUUAAACUGUCAAGUUCAUCUGAAGCUAUGCCUCGCUUUUCAAAUGGUGCAAGGUCAGAGGUUUGAGGGUCAAAAUCACCUGCCUGCUGGAUGCUAGAUUCCAGGACUCAUUUUUGGUUUUUGUUUUUUCCCCCCUGUCCCUUCGGAUGGACCUAGCAGUACUUAGCAUGAAAGUUCAAAUCAUCUGUUUUCAAAAACAUCUUAAACAUACUACCUUUGAGUUUAAGACUAUGAAAUGGUUUAAAAUGCAGAAAGCUGUCGUGCUAAAAAAAAAAUACAUGCAUUAACAGAACUACAGUAAUGAUUUCCUCCAGGCUGAGUUUUAUACUUCGUCCUUUACAGAAGAACUAUGUAACUACCCAAGUUUCUUGUUGAAAAUGGAAAAUGUACUGAAAUCUGCAGAGUAUACCUUGACAUUUGUUGGUAUCUCUACUAGCCUAAUGAUGAGUUGCUUCUUUGGUCAAGAAGAAAAAGACCAUCCUUGUUUACUGUCAGCAUUCUUUGGCAGAGAUUUUCCAUUUUCAGUAAGCUUCAGUGCUCUUAUGUAACCUAAAGAAAGGGGUUUUCAGGAUAAAGUGCCUUGAUAAAACUAACCGAGGAACAAAAGGUUUAUAUUCACCUUUUCCUCCAAAGUCAUUUAAACAAUUUUUUUUAUUUUUUUCUGUUUAUAGUUUAUAUCCUUGCUUAGAAAACUUGAUUAUGUUAAUUAAUCUGGUCCCUUGGACCACUGCUCUCAGGUACAGGUCUGGCAGACAAAGAUUUAUUCAAGUAGAAUACAAAAACAACACACAACCAAUAAAUACAUGUUUGUUCCAGCCAAGGGUAAUGAAUUAGGUCAGAAUAGAAUUAUUGGUGAAUAAGAAGAGCUGCACAUUUGUGUCAUUACUCAAAACAGCAUAGAAGUGAUCUACAGGAAUUAAAAAGUAUACAUAUCAAACUUGAAAGCAGAAUAAUUUAUUGUAGCUAGGUUACUUUUAUAGCUUUCUCCAUAAGAUUGGCACAGUACCCAAAAAUGACACAACAAAAGUGCAGUCCCUUACCACCUGUGAAUACAGACAAAAUUGUGUAUUUGAAGAUGCACUUAAGUAGGAUUUCCAUUUUUUCAGUCAUUAAGAGACUAAGUGGCAUGAACGUUUGGAAUAUCUAAUGUAACCUCUUUCUACAUCCUCUGUAGCUUUUUCACUAAGAAAUCAAGUCAGUUUGGGAAAAGAAAAAAAUCCACUGAACCUUCUUUCGCUUGGGAAUAAACUAUAAUUUUACACACAUGGUGCAUCUUCAUUUAUUUCACACAAACAUUUUGAACAGUGAUAAUUUACUCUUUAGUUUCUAUCUCAGUUUUAGCCUCAGAAUAAAUUUAUUCUCAAGGUUGAAAAUAAUAAACUACUUUUAUCAUUCAAGUUUUAAAAUAAUUCUAUGAAAUCUGUAGAUAGCUGGAAAAUGCAUGCUGCUCUGAUUUCUUUAAUAUAUACUGUUAAAUUUACAGGCUGGAAUUUUAGACACAUGAUUACUGUUGUUAUUCUAUGAAAGAAAAGGAGUUUCAUUUUUUACUUUUUGUAAGCAAAGCUGCAGAAUUAUUUUGCAUUGUCAUUUAGGUACACUCUCAUAUGCUUUGCAAAUAGUGAUUCUGGUCCUCAAAUUUCGGUAGUACUUAUUUUUGCUCAUAUUUUGACAAUGGACCUGUUAGUUGACUUGAGCUGUUACCUAAUCUGAGCCUAGUUCUCCAUAUCUCUUCUAUGUCUGAUAUACAGUGGCCUACUUGAAUGAAUAUGUGCAUAUUUCACCACAUGUGUUUGAGAACAGUAAUUGAUGAAGCAGCAUUUCAAAGCUUACCGUGUGGAUAUAAACAAUUUAAACCUUCUAGAUGUACAUAUGCCAUUGUAUAUAACUCUAAUUUUAAACUGUGUUUUAUUACCAGACACUGUAAAAGUGUAGGUGACAUUUACAGCUGUAUCAAAUCUACUAUCAAGUGACUAUUCCAUUGACGUUCAGUUUAUUAGCACAGAUCAAACCUGAAGACUGUUUAAUGCACCACUGUGAUUAUGGGCUGCUCACAGCACAUAAAUGUAAUUCAUUGUUAGAAAAUAGUGAUCAUCAAAUAAAAGCUGUAUGCACAAAAACAUGUUUUAAAUUAUGUUUCAUCAUGUUUUCCUAAUCUAAAAAUAAAAUAGUUGACAAAAAGGUGUUUAAA